UUUAAGAGUAAACAGGAGCAUCAAUAUUGCGAUAUGUCGGUCGAUAAUUUAACAGCAGUUUUGUACGGAGUGGAAGAUCUUCGCUUGGAACAACGUCCAAUCCCCACUAUAAAAGAUGAUCAAGUGCUGAUUCGCAUGGAUUCGAUUGGAAUUUGUGGUUCUGAUGUUCAUUACCUCGUUCACGGUCGAAUCGGUGAUUUCAUUUUGCAAAAACCAAUGAUCAUUGGCCACGAAUCAUCUGGUGUUGUGCACAAAGUGGGUAAAUCGGUGAAACAUUUGAAAGUUGGUGAUCGUGUUGCCAUUGAACCGGGUGUUCCAUGUCGUUAUUGUGAGAAUUGUAAGCAAGGCAAAUACAAUCUAUGUCCCGAUAUGAUUUUCUGCGCUACUCCACCCGUGGAUGGGAAUCUCAGCCGUUAUUAUGCCCAUGCAGCUGAUUUUUGUUUUAAAUUACCUGACCAUGUGACUAUGGAAGAAGGUUCGCUGCUAGAACCACUUUCCGUAGGUAUACACGCUUGUCGACGGGCUAACAUUGGCCUGGGAACAAAGGUUUUGAUUCUGGGGGCCGGUCCAAUUGGUUUAUCAGUACUUAUAUCAGCAUUAUCCAUGGGAGCCGGUGAGAUUAUUAUAACUGAUAUUUUGGACGACCGAUUGAAAUUGGCCAAAGAGCUAGGUGCAACACACACAUUGGUUGUUUCCAAAGACGCGAAAGAAUCAGAUUUAGUGAAACAAGUGCAUGAUACUCUUGGCACCGCUCCAGAUGUUUCAAUUGAUUGCACUGGAUUCGAAGCAACAAAUCGUUUAGCUCUUCUAGCUACCAAAUCCGGUGGCUGUGUGGUUAUAGUUGGUUGUGGUCCACCCGACGUUAAAAUACCUUUAAUAUCAGGACUUACGCGUGAAAUCGAUAUUCGUGGCGUCUUCAGAUACUGUAAUGAUUAUCCUGCUGCUCUGGCGUUAGUUGCGAGCGGUAAAAUUAAUGUCAAAAAAUUGAUUACACACCAUUUUGAUAUAACGCAAACAAGUGAAGCCUUUGAUACAGCACGAUAUGGUCGCGGUGGUGCCAUUAAAGUUAUCAUCCAUGCCGCACCACGCAAUGAAAAUAAUCUAAAACCAUUUUAAAGUCUGUCUUGUUCAUGUCUUAUAACUACAGUCAUUAUCAUUGAAAGAAAAGGAAUAAAAAUAAUCAGAAAAAUUAUUACAAUCAAA